UUGACCUCCUGUCACAUGUUACAAAAUGGAAGGGGCGUGGUACCAUUAAAGUUUUAUAUACCAGUACAGUAUCGCGUAUCGCUGGGUCUUGCAAAACUAAACAAAAAGACUUGGACAUGUCGCAAGAGAAUAGUGAUGGCUCAGUGGACGUGGGGGGUGACAAGGGACCCCACCUGGUGAAGGUAGUCAAGAACCAACAGGGCUUUGGGUUUAAUGUGAGAGGUCAAGUCAGUGAGGGAGGUCAGCUCAAGUCCAUCGCUGGAGAUCUGUAUGCUCCCAUGCAGUACAUCAGUCAGGUGCUGGAGAGUGGUCCAGCUGAGGAGGCGGGGCUUGUGGUCGGUGACAGGAUUCUUGAAGUUAACGGUCAGAGUGUGGAGGGUGCCGAACAUCAGCUGGUAGUGCAGCUCAUUCGUAACAGUGGCAAAGAGGUCAACCUACUUGUCAUCUCCGUGACAGAGGACGAGGCUCGUAGACUGGAACCAGACAGCAGCGGGGGAGUGUCGGCAAUGGACUAUUUUGAGCGACGUUCGGUACCCGUUUCUGUGCCAGACACAAAGAAGCUAACAGAUGAGACUGGGAAAGAGUACGUGGGCUUCUGUAUCUACCUGGCCAACAAGACGCUGGUCACUCGGAGGUAUCGAGAAUUUGACUCUUUGAAUACAAAUCUGAAACGUCAAUUCAGUGACUUCAUUUUCCCCAAGUUGCCUGGAAAACGACCUUUCGCACUCAAUGAGACGCAAAUCGACGCAAGAAGGAGAGGUUUGGAAGAUUUUCUCGACAAAGUGUGCUCUGCUAGGGUUAUAUUCGAGAGUGAUCUGCUUCAAGAUUUCCUAGAGCUCAAGAAACCACAAGGUGGAAAGUCAGGGGCAGAGGUCAAGAAAGCAGCUGAACCUGCUGCUGAGAAGAAAAUUGAUUUUCGAGUCACAUUACCAGAUCGAACUUUAAUCACGAUAACGAUUAGCGAGCACUCGAGAACACCAGAAGUGUUUGAGAUUGUAGCAGCCAAAGUUGGGCUUACUACUGAGACUAAGAAGUACUUUGCGCUGUUUCAGAGACUGGAACACGAUUUUGAUCGUAAACUGCAGAGUACAGAGUUUCCACACAUUCUGUAUGUUCAGAAGUACUCGUCCGGGGAAUCGUGUAUACACUUACGCAAGUGGUUGUUCUCUCGGACACACGAGGUCAUUGCUAAUAGCAAUGACACUGUACAGAACCUCUUCUAUCACCAGGCUGUUGAGGAUGUCAACAAGGGCAAGGCAACGGCCGGAGACUCUCUCUCUCAACUAAAGACUCUCAAAUCACAAGGAAAGAAACAACAGUACUUGGAUCUUGCUCAGACGCUAUCAGACUAUAGCAUUAUCCAGUUCCCGCACUGUGCAUGUGAUGCACGCAAGGCUGGCCAUGUGAUGGUCACCAUCGGAUUGGACAGUCUCAAACUGAAGGCAUGCACUAAAGAAGGCAUGCUUGAGAGCCAGGAACACGUGUUCACUUGGAACAUGAUAUCGAACUACGAGGCUGAUCUUGAGGAGGCCGCCUUCACCUUCCAGUACUCCAGAGAAGGCAAGGAGCCGAGAUGGGUCAAGGUCUUCUCUCCUUAUUAUCGAUACAUGGAGAUGUGUGUGGACAGGAUCAACGAGGAGCUCCUCUGGAAGAAACCCGACGGCUCAGUAGGUCUAGCCUCAGAGGCCACACCUAAAGCUGCCCCCACAAAAAAAGCGGCAAACCCUGUUAAAGGGAAGGCCAAAGAUGCACUCAAAGUUGGUGCCAUCACCAACGAUGACUUGUGAUAACUUUUGAAUUAUUGUUGUCUGGACUACACUGUUAUGUAGCAACUGUUUGUAUGUGAGUUUUGUUGUGUAGUAGCUUUUCAGAGUUUUUUCAAUGCCCAAGUAGACAAAAAAACUACUGUAAGAGUGUCGUCUCUUUCGUGUAUGUGUUGCUGUAUAUACGUACGUACUCAUGUGAUGUUGUCUAAUCCUGUUAACUUGCAUGCUGCAUCAUAUAAUUAUAAUUGUUGACAAAUUUAA